AGUGAAUCGUCAAACCGAGUUUGGAGGAUCUGUCUUUGAGGAGUUUUUGUUGAGAAAUGGCUUCGAAACGGAUCUUGAAAGAGCUCAAGGAUCUUCAGAAGGAUCCUCCAACUUCCUGCAGUGCUGGCCCAGUUGCUGAAGACAUGUUUCAUUGGCAAGCUACAAUAAUGGGUCCAUCCGAUAGUCCAUAUUCAGGCGGAGUCUUUCUCGUAACCAUUCACUUCCCUCCGGAUUAUCCGUUCAAACCACCUAAGGUUGCAUUUAGGACAAAAGUGUUUCACCCUAAUGUCAACAGCAAUGGAAGCAUUUGCCUCGACAUUUUGAAAGAACAGUGGAGUCCUGCACUCACCAUAUCUAAGGUGUUGCUUUCGAUAUGUUCAUUGUUAACGGACCCAAACCCAGAUGAUCCAUUGGUUCCAGAGAUUGCUCACAUGUACAAAACCGAUAGAGCUAAGUAUGAGUCUACUGCGAGAAGCUGGACUCAGAAAUAUGCAAUGGGAUAAAGUUGAUCCCUCAAAGACUCGGUUUUAAUAGAGAGAGAGAAAGAGAGAGGACUUCUUCACAUAGGAUCUUCCAUGAAAUAAGUUAGAUUCCUAUGU